AUGGACCUCGAAAAACUGAGCCAGGCUGGCGCUGCGACGCAGUUGAGGCUGCCUAGGUCAGGAUAUGCAGGCAGCCGGCGCCGACAACGUCAUGCCAGCGGACGGGCCAUUUCGGCGACAACGUCGUGCCAGCGGACGGGCCAUUUCAGCGACAACGUCGUGCCAGCGGAUGUCCGCGGACGGCACGACAACACCGUGUCCGCGGACGGCCGGCGCGCCGAUGACACACAGGAUGUCAAUGUGUGGGCGGCGCGCCGACGCCGUGUUCAGGAGGACAGCGAACGGUGUGGCGCAUCGUGUCCGCGGACGGCGCCAACAACAAAAAUAGACUGCAAUCAGCAUAGUGAAACAGACUAG